AUGACUGUAAGUGUGUGGGAAGAUAUCUAUGUUGUUUAUGACUUAGGGCUGACGCAGAUUAACAUUUUACAAGAAAAAGGGCAAGUGAAGAGUUCAGAAAGCAAGCCAACAGAGAAACCACCAGACUUGCUAUUGAUUGAGAUAUAACUUCUGGGUGUCCAGCAACUGGCCCCAUCUGAAGAGGGGGGAGGAAAGGAACUUUUGUUCACUCUUGAGGAAACAAUGCGCCAGAGCUUCAAAGCUAGUGAUGAUUUGUCAAACUCAUACAGUGAGGAUAAAGAGCAGGAAUAUUCAACUCCAUCAGAACACAGUCCCAAGAAUCGAAAAUUCCAGACUUGUGCUCCACAAUGUGAAAAAGAAGAAAAAGCAGUUUUCAGCUGUGGUUUAUGUACAUUCACCUCACUCUGGAUAUCAAGACUUAAUCACCACGUGAAAACCCGUUCUGAUGGGAAACCUCAUGUGUGUCACAUCUGCCUUAAAGCUUUUCGUACAGCUAGUCUCCUGCGUAACCAUGUGAACAUACAUGCAGGGAUCAGACCCUAUAAAUGCAGCAACUGUGACAUAGCAUUCGUGACCAGUAGUGAGCUUUCACGACACAGAGGUUACAAGCAUACUUUAGAAAAACCUUUCAAGUGUUCAGUAUGUAAAUAUUCUAGUGUAGAGGCAAGGAAAAUGAAACGAAAUGUUCGCUCACAUACAGGAGAGCGUCCAUAUGCCUGUGACCUUUGCAGUUACGCCAGCAAAGAUGCAUAUAAUCUGAAAAGGCACAAGAUAACUCAUUCAGGUGAAAAACCCUAUGAAUGUUAUGUUUGCCAGACCAGAUUCACUCAAAGUGCUACCAUGAAGGUCCAUUUGUUACAGAAACACAGAGAAAAUGUGCCAAAAUACCAGUGUCCACACUGUAACACCUUUAUUGCACGAAAAGGGGACUUGGGUGAGUUUUUGCGAAAUCUCCAUUCCUACAUGGCAGUGGCAAUGAAAUGCAGUUACUGUGAAGCUGUUUUCCAUGAGCGCUAUGCUCUUAUUCUGCACAAGAAGACCCACAGAAAUGAGAAAAGAUUCAAAUGUGAUCAGUGCAGCUACGCAUGCAAGCAGAAACGACACUUAAUUGUACAUCAACGAACCCAUACUGAUGAGAAGCCCUUCACUUGUUUGUGCUGCAGCAAAAGCUUUCGACAGAAGCAACUUCUCACUCUUCACUGUAGGAAGCACCAUGAUUCCAAUAUUAAGCUUACAGUUUAUGAAUGCCCUAAAUGUAGUAAGGGCUAUUCACUCUGGAAUAAUAUGCAUGAGCAUGCUGAAAAUUGUGGAUUGGUGAGGACAAAAACUGCUACACCCAGAAAAAGAAGCAAGGGCAAAAAUAAAGCCCAUGAGAACCCAAAGCCUGUUAAGCAAGAAGUUGACCUGGAGUCGUUCCAAGAUAUCUCCACGGGGAAAAACAAGCUUUUACCAGUGAGAUUGUUCCUGUUUUGGAUGGAAUAG